CAAGUCUUACUUUCCUCUCUAUCUCCAAAUUUCUCUUUAUAUACCCUUCACUCACAUAAAUCUCUCUUAGUUUUAACCUACUUCAAACUUCUCCUUCUAAUUAAGCUUCCCAUCAACUCCAUCAAGCACUGAACUAGAAAGCAAGCCCUAAUUAAUCUUCAACUUGUUUGCAUCUCUCUUCUUGAUCUCUUCUUUGGAAGGUGAUAUUUAGAUCAUGUGCACUAGAGGCCACUGGAGACCCACAGAAGAUGAGAAGCUCAAGGAGUUAGUCACCCGUUUCGGUCCGCAUAACUGGAAUGCGAUCGCCGAUAAGCUCGAAGGGAGAUCAGGUAAGAGUUGUAGGUUGAGAUGGUUCAAUCAGUUGGAUCCAAGGAUCAACCGAAGCCCUUUCUCAGAGGAAGAAGAAGAGUUACUAUUGGCCUUGCAUCGAAUUCAUGGUAACCGAUGGGCGGUGAUUGCUCGCCUAUUUCCCGGUAGGACGGACAAUGCAGUGAAGAACCACUGGCAUGUGAUCAUGGCUCGUAGGUGCAGAGAGAGAUCAAGGUUUUACAAAAGGAGAGCAGGGAGAACUUUGAUGAAACAAAGGGAGUUAAGGAAAUUCGAUAACCGAAAUAAUUUUGCUUCAAUGGUGGAGAAGAUCAUGAAUCCAAGAAACAUGAUCCAAAAUGAUGAUCAAGUGGAGAGCUCCAUUGAGUUUUAUGAUUUUCUUCAAGUGAAAGUUGGUUCAAGUGAUGAUCAUCAUCAUGCUAAGAAUGGUUCAAGAAGUGAAGAGGAAAAGAUGGUGGAAGAUAAUGAGAAAGGUGGUGUUCAUGAGUUCAUAGAUUUCUUGGCAGUUGGAAAUUCAUAUGAAGGCAAGCAUGCUUAAUUAGUGUUUAAUUAAUUAGCAAGACAUGUAAUAGUGCAUAAGCAUGAACCCUAACAUAGAGAAAGGUGGCAGUAUUUAUUACUAUGUUUAAGACUAUAUAUGUAUGUCAUGCAAAUUUCCCUUAAUGUAAAUGAUCUGGGGAACUUGUAGUUGUUUAAGAUGUUAUAUUUACCAUCUUGUGUAACUUAAUUUAGAUGAG